AUGGCCCCUUUCACCGUUGUCAUCAUCGGCGGUGGGGUAGCGGGUUUGACUCUCGCCAAUGUCCUUGAGAGAUACGGCAUUGAAUACUCCCUCCUUGAAAAACAUAAGGAGAUUGCUCCUCAGCUAGGAGCUAGUAUUGGAAUUCUACCCUAUGGCUCCCAGAUACUAGACCAGCUCGGCAUGGAGGGUCAUAUCUCCUCCCUAUGCGAGAGUGUUGAGACGAUGCAAACAUUCGGACCCGAUGGAGAGUGUCUCACAACCGAACCUGCAUUCGGUCAGCUACUAGCAGACCUAUUCAGUUUUAUGGAUCGUCAGGAAUUAAUCGAGGCACUCUACGACAAUCUCCGAGAUAAGUCUAGAGUCCAUGUGGCAAAGGAGCUACACAGUACUGAGAACCUCGAUGGAGAAGUUCAAAUCACUACCAAAGACGGUAUAACCUUCACGGGAGAUCUCCUUGUUGGUGCCGACGGUGUUCACAGCCGGACCAGAGCGGAGAUGUGGAAGGUUGUGGAGUCUGAGGACCCUACUUAUACCAGCAAAUCAAUGGCUGAUUCGAUUACUUGUACAUAUAGAUGCAUGUUCGGUAUUGCUGACUGUCCGGAUGGUUUUCCUAGAGAGACUGGGCUCAAAUCCUACCACAAAAAUCGUUCUUACUUGUGCCAGUCAGGCCGGGAGGGUAAGUUUUACUUCUUUGCAUUCAUAAAAAACGGACAAAGAACUGUCGGCCAAUCUAUUCCCCGAUACACCAUCGAUGAUGAGCAGGCGGUGGUAGAUAAAUAUAGAGAAGACGUCCUGUGUCCAGGAGUUACGUUUGGUGAUAUAUACAUGAGGCGUCGGCACUCGGUGCUUGUCCCACUACAGGAAUACGUGUUGGACAAAUGCUUCUAUAAAAGGACAAUAUUGAUUGGCGAUUCCUUUCACAAGUUUAACCCUCUUACUGGACAAGGUGGAAACUCCGCUAUCGAAGACGCAGCGUUACUUGGAGACCUAUUGAAGAAAGCACUGCAGAAAGACCCUCAACCUACCUGCGCCGCAAUCCAAGCUGGAUUGGCUGACUUCCAGCGACAGCGGCAACCAAGAACAGAUUUACUGCGACACAGGGCUAGUUCAUUACAAGCACUGGAAGCCCUUGAAAAUCCGUUGCUCGAGUUCAUGACUCUCAGGGUUAUAGCGAAGUUGUCGAUUGAUCAGACGGCUUUAAGAUUCGCUGAGAUGUGCUCGCCCGGUCAUGCCUUGAGACAUCUACCUGAGCCAUCGCGCAGAGGCGUUGUUCUCCGCGACCAUGAUGUAGGCGCAAAGCCGAGCCAGCGGGCUCUGCAUGCAACUAUCCUUUGGUCCAUCAUUAUGGCUUCCCCCAUAUACUUGGCUGUGUUUGCAACUGCAUGCACAAUCCCUGGGACCGAGGUGGGACUUUUUGACCACAGGCUUCAGCUUUACAUUUCCAUGUGUACGGCUACCUCGAAUACUUUGUGGACUGUGGAGUCAUACCGACCCGGCUUUUUUCUCAGCCCAAUACAUAGUGCUCUCCCCUACAUACUUGCCUCCAACGCUGCCGGAUGGGAAUACAUUUUGCCCCUCUACUUCAUCGCACAUAUCUACGCAAGCCGUUCUCAAUCGUUCUACUACCCUAAUCCCAGGGCUAUAGACACCAGGGCUGCCAAAAUUCUGCCAAUAUGCCUCUUGAUUGCCUAUGUUCCUUCAAUCAUAUGGGCUCUGAUGUCGUCUGCUGGAGACUUGGCCUUGCAUCACUGGACGGUGUCCGCAAGUCAUUUCGCCCUUCCUUUGACAGUAUACCUGGGUCUAAACCUGUCAAAGAGGAACUUCCGCAAACCCAACACCCCGGAGUUGCUAUACGGUAAUGGCGAUAUACCUCACUUGCUUCGAACUUACAAUAUACUUACCGUCGCUUGUGCCACCUUUCAUGUACUCACCGUGGGCCAACUUUUCCCCCAUUUUCUGAAAACGGACUUUGUUACAACGGCUCUGUUUACUGGUGAAGUCUUGCAGUUGAUGGCUCUUUCUCUUGCCAUCAUAGCCUGGUGCUCUUUCACUAUUUGGGAUUUGCACCGCACCCACAUUAUCCACACUCGUCCUUUUGUCGAUAUUAUUUUCUGUUGUGUGACCUGCCUACUUCUUGGACCGGCUGCUACACUGGCUCGUACGUGGAAGCGGCGUGAGAUUGCACUGGAAGAGUCAAGGUGCAAGAUAUCAAGCCGUUGA